CCUAAUCCAAUAUUCAUUGCCUUUCGAUCUCGCCAUGGACGACGGAGAGGCCAAGAGGGACUCGAGGAGCAGGCCGGCCACCCCGCCUCCUCCUGCCGCUAGGAACGAUGACGACCUUGGCCCUGAUCUUGCCUUCGCAAUGUCCCUGCUACAAGAAGAGGAAGAACAAGAAGAACAAGAAGUACAAGAAGAGAGAGACCGCCGCCCGGCAGCGGCCAUGCUCUCCACCAUCGAGAGCGAGAUGGAAGAGGAGGAGGAGGAGGAGGAGGAGGCCAGCGACGAGGAGUCGAGCGACUGCAGCAACGAAGAAGACCGUUACUUCUACUCCCUGGGCAACGCGUUCGACGUCGAGCUCGGGUUCCCCGAGGGAGAAGACAGCGGCCCGAGCGACAUCUACAUGGCGGAGUUGGACAACAUAGAUCCCGACGAGCUGUCGUACGAGGAGCUGAUCGAGCUCGGAGAGAUCAUCGGCGAAGAGAAGAGAGGGCUGUCGCUAGAGCAAAUCGGCAAAUGCUUCAGGCCAUACACUUUCCGAUCCCGAUCGCUAGCCGAAACGAAGAACGGAGCGAUCGACAGUUUGGCAUCGAAAGAAGAAGAACAAGAAGGUUCAAGGCCAAGAAUGGGGAGCACCCUAGCACUAUCUAAGCUUUAGAUAGAUUGUUCGAUUUCUUGCGGCCCGCUUUACAUCGUUGGCCCAGGUCAGGGGUCGUGGCCGAGUGCAUGGGUCGCGGCUGAGGCCGUUGUUCUCUUACCACCACGCAAACAAUUUAUUCGCGAAAAAUACC